AGCCGGAUGUUGGCGGGUUUCUCCUGUGAGCGGGUUCUUGGUGCUGCUCGGUUCAGAGACGCUUCGGACCAGCUGUCGCCUCCUACGGCGUGUCCCGUCCGCCUUCCGCGCUAGGCCCCGGCCCGGCCCGGCCCCGCCCGCCCUCCUUUCCCGGGUCGUGCGCGGCGCUCCCUUGGGACUCGGCCCUGGCCGUUGGUGACAGGAUAUGUAACAUGACACUGAUACUCUGGACAGGUAACUUUAAUUGUUUGAAAGCAUUACCUAAUAAGGGGCAUCCAGGUAACUGCCAGUAAUGAGCACCUUUAUUGUUUUAUGCUGUAGGAUCAUAUUGCCAAAGAUAUUUUUUGUAAAGUCUACAUCAUAGAAAAUGUAGCUUAUAUUGUGAUCACCUUUUUGACUAAAAAAUCAUUUUUACAAUUUUGAAAAUGUUUUCAUACGGAUAUUUAAAGGGAUACUGUCAACUUGACUGUUUGAAUUAGCUAAUUGUUUAAACAAAUCUUAAACCAACACAUACUAUUUAAAUUUUAAAAAAAUCCUUAAUUAUGGAGGUUUUUGUUGUUGUGUUCUGCUCCUUUACUAAAUGUUUUUAUAGUGGGCACGAGAGCAACAACUCUGAAUGUACUUAAGCUGGUCCCUUCUAUUUCCCCUCCCUCCCUCUCUAUGCACAUGCUUGCCUGCUGCCUCUUCAAUGUCAGCUUUGCUGCUCCUGUACUAGUAAACACCUUCAUGCAAGGGCUGGGGAAGAGUGUGCAUGUGAACUGACUCCAGAGUAGUGCAUGAGUCUUGUGAUUGUGCUGGUGCAUGAGAAAGAGAGUGUGCAACUGAUCAUCAGUAAAAGUGUUAGAAUGCUAUCGUGGACAAAAUAAGCUGAAAUAAUAGAGAAAUGAUGUUUUCCUCUAAUCUUUCAGUUAUUGUAAUAUUAGGUAUAACAGUAGGUACACAUUUUUCAGGGAGAAAUGAUUUUUUUCUCCCAGUUGACUGUUUCAAGUUAUUAGUCUGUAUUUUUUCCAGUGUAAAAUGUAUCGGUAUGCAGUUGCCAGAACUAGUGGGGGAAAGAAGUCUAGAAAGACUGUUGUGAAGCAGUCUGUAAAGACCUACCAAAAUGAAAUACCUUUAAUAAGCCAAGGCAGUGCACAUUGAAGGGAGUAGUGUAACCUCAAUGCAACUAUCUAGGCAUCCUUGUUGAUCAAGGACAAUGACUCAAAGUGAAACAUUUAAAACAGACCCAACAGUUUAUUUUCAUCAAUCUUAGAGUUGUUUGCUACAUCAAUCCUAUUUUUAUAAGUAACUAAGUUUCCUUUUAUGUGAUAAAUAAAAAACUUUGGGUGAAAUGAGAAACAUCCUACACAAAAGUACAGUUCUCUCCCUCCUCUUUGCAUCCCAAUGAUUUUGUGAACCUGGUUGUGACUAGUUUCUUCUAAUAAACCACAGAUAAAAGAGAGUAAGGGGGCAAUGCGAAGUACCCAGUGAGACUUAGUGGAAGCAUUUUAGAUACUGUUGUAGCCUGGAUUUUAUUUUAGAUUCAUUGUGGGUUUGGUACUGGAAGUUUAGUGGUACUCAUAGAACAGAUGAUACAUCAAGGGGCCCAAAACCUCUAAAAAUAAUCUUUGUAUUUUAAGUAAGAAGAGAGAGAGUGUGUGUGUGUGUGUGUGUGAGAGAGAGAGAGAGAGAGCAGGAGCAAGCAUUCAAACCUUAACUAACAGUUGGAGUCCAUCAGAUUUUUUUUAUAUGUGUGUGUGUGUGUGUGUGUGUGUGUGUGUAUAUAUAUAUAUAUAUAUAUAUAAAUCUGAUGGACUUUAUAUAUAUAUAUAAAAAUCAAAGCAAAUUGAAGGACAUUGUCUACUUAGCCCAUAAUACUUUUCAUUUAUCAUAGGCGUCUCAGUGAAGUUAUUUCCUUGAAGUAAUGCCCACAGAAAGUGGAAGUUGUGCAACUGCUCGGCAAGCAAAGCAGAAGCGCAAAUCGCACAGUCUUUCUAUACGAAGAACCAACAGUUCUGAGCAAGAAAGGACGGGAUUGCAAAGAGAGAUGUUGGAAGGGCAGGAUACUAAACUUCCUUCAUCUGUUCGGAAUACACUUCUGGAGCUUUUUGGGCAAAUAGAGCGAGAGUUUGAAAACCUUUAUAUUGAAAAUUUGGAAUUACGUCGAGAGAUCGAUACACUUAAUGAGCGCUUAGCAGUCGAAGGACAGACAAUUGACGGAGCUGAACUGAGCAAAGGACAACUGAAGACAAAAGCCAGUCAUAGUACCAGUCAGCUUUCACAGAAAUUGAAGACCACUUACAAGGCAUCUACCAGCAAGAUUGUAUCCAGUUUCAAAACUACAACAUCGAGGGCAAUCUGUCAACUGGUGAAGGAGUAUGUUGGCCACAGGGAUGGUAUUUGGGAUGUCAGUGUCACGAAAACUCAGCCAGUGGUGUUGGGGACGGCAUCUGCUGACCAUACUGCCUUGCUGUGGAGUAUAGAAACAGGAAAGUGCCUUGUCAAAUAUGUAGGACAUGUUGGAUCAGUAAAUUCUAUAAAGUUCCAUCCAACGGAGCAAGUAGCUCUUACAGCAUCUGGAGACCAGACGGCUCACAUUUGGAGAUACAUGGUACAGUUGCCCAUGCCUCAGCCAACAGCAGACUGCAAUCAAAUGUCUGGGGAAGAUGAAAUUGAGUUUUCAGAUAAAGAUGAACCUGAUGGAGAUGCAGAUGGUUCCAGUGACUGUCCCACUAUCCGAGCUCCGUUAACCUCCCUGAAAAGCCAUCAAGGAGUAGUCAUAGCAGCUGACUGGUUGGUUGGAGGGAAGCAAGCUAUAACAGCUUCCUGGGAUAGGACAGCAAAUCUGUAUGAUGUGGAGACAUCUGAACUUGUCCAUUCACUGACAGGGCAUGACCAAGAGCUAACCCAUUGUUGUACACAUCCCACUCAACGUCUUGUGGUGACAUCAUCACGUGAUACAACCUUCCGUCUGUGGGAUUUCAGAGAUCCUUCUAUCCAUUCUGUGAAUGUCUUUCAGGGCCACACAGACACCGUGACAUCAGCUGUUUUCACAGUGGGUGACAAUGUUGUUUCGGGUAGCGAUGACCGUACUGUAAAAGUCUGGGACUUGAAAAAUAUGAGAUCUCCUAUUGCUACUAUCCGUACAGACUCUGCAGUGAACAGGAUUAAUGUAUGUGUUGGCCAAAGAAUCAUUGCCCUUCCACAUGACAACCGUCAGGUUAGAUUAUUUGACAUGUCAGGAGUGCGAUUAGCACGGCUUCCUCGCAGUAACAGACAGGGCCAUAGAAGAAUGGUUUGCUGUUCAGCUUGGAGUGAAGACCAUCCAAUAUGUAACCUAUUUACCUGUGGGUUUGAUCGUCAAGCUAUUGGCUGGAACAUCAACAUCCCUGCCUUGUUACAGGAAAAAUGAGAUGCUGGAAGAAUUUUUGCUUUUGUUGCCAUGGACUUGUAAACUUUUUUGUUGUUGCAGACUCUUCUGAAUAUUAGUCUGCCUUCAUUGUAAAAGUUCUCCCUUAAAAGGAGCGCUUUGUUGUUACCACAUUGUGCACCAUUUGCAUGUAAUGUACAGAAAAUGUGACUUUUUUAAAAAUUAGUUUGUCUUGUGUAUGAACUUUUAUAUCUUAGCAUCCACUGGUCAGUAGAAAGGAGUUCACUGUUAUAUAGAGCACAUAAGUAUUUGUAAGUUAUUCAGCAUUUGCUAGAUGAACAGUAGGGCAUUACAUUUGUGACUUAAAUGUGAAAUUUAUAUACUUAUUGUAAAGAAUAUAUAGUAGUCUAUUGCAUUUUCCAUAAUUUUACAUAUCUGCCUUGUGUUAAAAGGAGUCUGCAGGGCUGAACUUCAAGAAGUGUGAAUUUCAGUAAUAGUAUCAUGGUAAACAUAUUUUCUUGUUUGCAUCUGUCCGAAGUAUGAUUUUUAGUGCUGCAAUGUAGUGUAACUUCAACUCCAAUUUUAUUUCUAGUUACUGGAGAAAUAACAUGGAUUUGAGAAAGGAAAAAAACAAGCAGCCUCUUGUAGUGUGCAUAGAAUGCUGCGUUAAAACAGUCAGGAUGUUUUUGCACAUUUCUCUUGAAAAAGAACAAGAAAAUGUUCAUUCUGCCCUUCAUGCAUAAAGCUCAUUCCAAUCUUCUAUCAUCUCACACGAGCAAAAAUCCAGAAUAUUAUGAUUCUAAUCACUGAAAUCUAUUCAAGCAAAUUUUUAAAGCACUUUAGUUUAUAGCUAUAGUUAUAAACCAUUUAUGAAAGCUUCAGAUGUUCCACUGAAUGUGAGUUGACUUAUAUAGGAAGGAUUUGACACUUUUUGGUUACCUACCCAGAAAGGAAAUUUUGUUUGUUUUUACAUCUUCAGUGAACAUGUUUUUAAAUGGGUUCAUUUCCCUAUUUUUAUUUUGAGCCAGCAAUAUGAAGUAAAUGAGUACUACCUCAAAAAAUGAAUUUUGGUCAGGAUAAAUUGAGUCUUUCCAUAACCUGAGAAAGUGCUUUUGGUCUGUGUCUGAAAUACUGUCUUUAAGAUGAGAAAGACAAUCAUGCCAAAUGUGAUUUUUAAGAUAAUUAACACUUAAGGCUAAUGGGGCAAUACCACAGAUAAACAUCAUGUGUCAUCUUUUUUCUUUCAGCUCUAACUAGGGCUGCUGCAGUCCCUUCUCCAUUCCAGAGGGAAUAAUUCUGUAGCUUUUCCCUCCUUACUCCCAAGUGAUCUUUCACUGGCUUUGCUCCUCAUUGUGUUUAGCCUUGAACUGGCAUUGUGUUGAGUUAUUCCCAGCUGUUGCUUAAAUAAGCAAAUGCUUAUGACAGCUGACAUUUUCAGAAGGAAGAGGAAGGCUGCUUUAGACCGACCUUUUAGCUCUGCCCCUACGUGUAUGACAUAUCACAGCAUAAGAUGAAAGAUCAAAGUAAUUAGAUGGUGGCUUCUUAUAUAGUAGGAUAUUUAAAGUGGAUUGCCAUAAGAUAUUAAGUAUUAUGAUCUUCUAAUCACAUUCUUAUGAUUAUAUGAAACAAAAGGUGAGCUUGAGUCCUCUACAGCAUUGUUUAGAGUGAAGUUGAGAGGCUGAUUUGUUAAUCGGAUCUUUCAUUCAUUAGUAUAUGAAGGCAAAGAGGUGCAGUAGGAGGGGAGAAUAAGUGCACCAUUAAGUAAUUAUGAAAAAAUUGGGGUCCUAGCAGUAAGCUGAAGCAUAAAACUAUGAAAGGAUAUUAAGGGGUGAGGUAGUUAAUGGAGAGACUUAAAAGAGCAUAUAUGUGGCGACUUCAUAGAGCAGAACAUCUUACAGUAGCUUGAUUUUUCAAAACACUUGUUUUUCUGAGUAACAGUAUAUAUGUAGUCUUUCAGAAUUGCCACACUUUCAUACCUGAUAGUGAUGGGUUCAGAUGAUCUGCUGUAGGCUUUAACUGCUGGUAUCAGAAGACUUUUAUUUAGAGGACCCUGUCACAGUAUCUAUGGUAAUUGUCAAGUGAUUUUUUGUUUCUAACAAUUUGGAAGAUAGAAUUUAAACUCUCAUCAGAUUUUUUAUUUUUUUAUUUUUUUUACUCUGGGGCAUACACACUGGGUUGGUGUUGGGCUACAGACAUGUUUUUUUUUACAGACAAGACUAAAACAUACUUUUGAGAGGAAGGAAAAGAAACAUAAACACAGAUGCAGUCUGGAUACUUUAAAAAAAAAUAUUCACACUUUUGCCAUGUGCACCUCCUGCUAAUAGAAUCAAAGCAGCUCCAAGUUGGUCCAUAUCCAGUAUCCUGAGCAAUGAUUAACCAUUUAAUUUGCUUGGACUUGACAAACUUAGGUAGGAGGAAAGGUUAAUAGUGUGAUUCUACUAUCCUAAACUGUAUUUAACAUACACAUAUGUAACACAGCCAUUAGAAUCUAUGCAGUUUAAUUGUAAUUGUUUCCAGUGGCUGCUGGCCUUUAUAUCACCAGAGUGAUCAAGCUCUGACAUCAGAAAGGAGUAUACAUUUAUUUUCUCUGGGGAUGGAGUGGAGGAACCAACCAAGGUGCUAGAGACGGGUUCUCAGGAGCAGACUAAUACUUAAUCAGUUGAAUGACUGUACCAUCUUUUAACUUUUAUAUAUUCUACUACUUGGAUGAAAUAUUGAGGCCAUACAUUUCCCCUUCCAGUAACGCAAAGAUUGGUGGUGGACAAUGUUACGCUGACUGAACAUGUGUAAGCAUUUCAGUUUUGGUUAUGCAUGGAAUCCGGAGUGUUCAAAAGAGAGCUAAUGAGUGCUGAACAAAUUCAACAUUUCAUAAAAUGGAGGAAAGUUGCUGUUACAUAUUUUCAUUAUUGAUGCAGAACGUCACUUGGAUGCAUCACUGAACAAACUCAGAGGUCUUUUGUGAGGGGGAGGGUGUUUCCCCAUAAGCAGUGCAUAUUGGUUUUCACAGACUCUAAUUCUGUACAUACUUCACAGUCAGAAUAAUUUGGUGUGAAACAUCUUAUUUGUUGUCGAAGUCUGUGAAAACCAAUUUCUUUUGGGAAAAAUCCUGAAUUUAUAAAUAUGUGAAACUACUUGUUUUUAUUUACUUGUAUUCUGCUGAUUGUUUUUAGAUGUUUAGUGUUUUCUUCAUUACAGUUUGAAAAUGCAUUAAAUCAUUCAACAGAGUUUUGUAACUUGCUGUUCAUAAACUCUGUUCUUAUUACCUUAGUAUUGCUGUUAACUCAGUAUUGCAGCCUAUGGGAAAGCAAUCAAAUGAUUCCCCACCACCACCAUAAUUUUCAACCCUGAUCUCUUUCUUCUACUCUAGUUCAGUUUCCAAGGCAAUGGCAGGAAGAUUGCUGCUGGAAAAGGGCUAAAGCUGAAAAUAUGACUUCUGUGUUGUAAUUUGCUACGCUGACAGUUCAAUAUAGAUUUUAAAAGGGCUCAAAUGUCUUUUAUUUCCAUUUUUUCCCCAAAAUUCCAUAUAAGCAAACCUUUAAUUGCAUCUUGUUGCACAGGUUAUAAACACCCUUUUUAAAAAACAUUGUAUGAAAUUGAUUUUUGUGCUUAAAGAAACUAGUUAAAAUGAAUACAGUACAAUUUUAAUUUACCACUGAUAUCACUUACAAUAAACUGAAAUAAAGAUUAA